AGACUGAAGAAGCUGAGCACAGCCCUGAGGGCUGUUUCUACCAGCCCUUGCCACUGCCUUGGGAUCCCCCCGGACACAGGCCCUGUGCAAUUUGGGCAGGAAGCCUCCAGCUCUUUUUUAAGCCCUUGCAACACACCAGACAUGCUCUGCUGUCUCCCAGAGCACCUAGGGAACUCCUCAUAGUGGAGUCAGACUUCAAUGAAACCAGAACAUGUGUGUGCCAGCUUCCAGCAGUAGGUUGGAUGAGCUGCUUUGGUAAGUGCAAGGACCAGUUGCCAGGUUGCAAUGGCCUAUACCCAGCCUCAGACAAGUGCAUCUCUGUCCCAGCAUGGGAAGCCAUUUCCCAGAGACUCUCUCAAGUUCUGGGUUUCUCUCUUCUCUGUGUUUUUCUCUUUUUCUCCUCUAGGAGCCCUUGAAGAAGUCAGAGUCUCAAUGUCUCAUCCCCUUUUCUGACAUCUUCAUUUUGCCUCAAUCAGCAAGUCCUUUCUUGUCUAUUGUCAUGUCUGGAGACCUUUCUAGCAUUGCUAGAUUGAUAUUUUAUACUCUCCUCUCUUGUGAAGCCAGUCACCCCUAGGGAGAGAGACUGAGGCUGUUGCUGUGCAAAUGCUGAGGAAAACACAGUUGCAUGUUCUUUGGCAAAUCACAUGCAGUGUGAACUUUAAUGAUAACAUCAGGAAGUUUUCAGGAAGAAUGAAGGAUGGCUCACAGAGGGUGGAAUCAAUAGGGAAGAACAGAAAACUCAAAAUGUCACUGAAGUACUUUGAAGAUGCUCUUAUGACACUGAAUAUCUGAGUGCUUCAGUAGGACAGUGUGCCCCUACAAUGAUUUCUUUAACAAUUAACACUAGGUAAAACAAAAACUUAUGUGGGUACAUUACAGAUUUCCUAACCUCUAUUGGCAUUUGCAGUUGUUUGAGAAAAGGUGUGACUUCAAUGAAUAAUUAAUACCAAUAAAAGUUUCAUAACACAGGGCAAUCUAACAAAUGAUUGACUAGUAAACCUUGACUGACUCAGCCAUGUGACCCAGAACCUGCUCUUGAGCUAACACAGACCUUCAGCAUAUAAACUGAGAUUCUGACAGCCAGAGUCACUCCCUCCUGGGCCACAGAUGAAAAUGGAGCUCCUGGGAGGAGCCACUGUUGUCCUCCUGGUUUGCAUUGCUUGCCUGCUCUCCUUUGCAGCAUGGAAAGGAAGGUCUGGGAAGGGGAAGAUGCCUCCAGGACCAGCUCCCCUUCCCAUUCUAGGUAACCUGCUGCAGAUGAAAACAAGUAACAUGACCAAAACCCUCCAGAAGCUCAGUGAAGAGUAUGGACCCGUGUUCACAGUGCACAUGGGCUCUGACCCAGUGGUGGUGCUGCACGGAUACGAUGUGGUGAAAGAAGCCUUGAUCGAUCGCGCAGACGAGUUUGCUGCCAGAGGACGUGAGCCAACUGGAGACAGGGCUAACCAGGGAUUAGGGAUUAUUUUUAGCAACAACAAGCCAUGGUUGCACGUCCGUCGAUUUUCUCUCACCACUCUGCGGAACUUUGGAAUGGGGAAGAGGAGCAUUGAAGAGAGGAUACAGGAGGAAUCUGACUACUUGCUGGAGGAAAUCCACAAAACAAAGGGAACACCUUUUGACGCAACCUUCAUGCUGAGCUGUGCUGUCUCCAAUGUCAUAUGCUCCAUUGUCUUUGGGAGACGAUAUGAUUAUAAAGACAAGAAGUUCUUGGCUCUGAUGAGCAACGUAAACAACAUCAUUGAGAUGAUGAACUCCCGCUGGGGACAGCUCUACCAGAUGUUCUCAAGUAUCUUGGAUUACCUGCCUGGCCCACACAACAAUGUAUUUGCAGAAUUUGAUGCUCUAAAAGCCUUUGUAGCAGAGGAGGUGAAGUUGCACCAAGCCUCCCUAGAUCCCAACUCCCCUCAGGAUUACAUCGACUGUUUCCUCAGCAAAAUGCAGGAGGAGAAAGAUCGUCCCAAUUCCAGUUUCCACAUGAAGAACCUGGUAACAAGUGCUUUUGACUUGUUCAUUGCUGGAACUGAGACAACAAGCGUCACUUUGCGAUUUGGGCUUCUGCUUCUUAUCAAAUAUCCAAAGAUACAAGUGAAAAUUCAAGAAGAGAUUGACCAGGUAGUAGGACGAUCAAGAAAACCCUGUGUGGCUGACCGGACCCAGAUGCCCUACACGGAUGCCGUGGUCCAUGAAAUCCAGCGCUUCAUCACUCUUGUCCCCCUGGCUCUCCCUCACACUGUGACCAAAGACACCAGCUUCAGAGACUACAUCAUUCCAAAGGGCACCACGAUUUACCCUGUCCUCGCUUCUGUCCUCUAUGACAGUAAAGAGUUUCCAAACCCACAUGAGUUCAAUCCUGAACAUUUCUUGAACAAGGAUGGCAGCUUUAGGAAGAGCAACUUCUUCAUGCCCUUCUCAGCAGGAAAACGAAUAUGCCCAGGAGAGGGCUUGGCUCGAAUGGAGAUAUUCUUACUCAUAGCCACCAUCUUGCAGAACUUUACUUUGAAGUCUGUUGUCAACCCCCAGGAGCUCAGCGUAACCCCAAUUCUGAGUGGGAUAGGCAAUGUACCUCCUGACUUCCAGCUCCGUGCUUUCCCCCGCUGAAAAGCACUGAUCCACUCUCCAGUGGCCUGAAACUAGCUAUGCCUUCACAGCAUCUUUACUCAAAUCAACAGCAGGAGCAUUGGCCCACCUUUCCCAGGUCUUCAGGAAGGCAGUCCAAACACAGGCACAAAGCAGAGACCUCUGAAGCCUCCCAGAACUCCACCUCACCACAGGAGGCCCUGGGUGACAUUGCAGCCUCUGGCACUGAUGCUGUGUCCCAGGAUCAUUGAGGGCACUGGCUGCAUCAAACAGCCACUCUUGCUCUUCUCACCAACACAGCUCCCGUGGCUGCUCCUGCAGCACCUGUCCCACCAAGACCUGCCUUUGCAGAUGGACACUGCUGCAUGUGUGUACAUUCAUGAUCCAAUAAACAAAAAUCUGUUUAGGAUGA